AGACAUCAACUCCAGGCAGCCACAACAAAGCACAUGUGUAGGUAUCAGUAGGCCGUGUCUUAUUUGUCACAGGGUAAGGGUUUACAACAGUCUCUUAUUGUGUUAGCUGACAAAGGCUAGAUCACCUGCCGGAAAACUGCCCCCCAGCAGAAACCCGAGGGCCCCAGCAAUGGAAAUUAGUUCUUGGUAAUUUGUUUACAUUUGUUUAGUUAUAUGUUAAGGCUGCGCAUCCUCUGCGAGUUAUGGUCUUGGACCCGUGACAGGAGGUUUACAGCGUUAAUUAUUUGGUCCUGUUGUUUGUUCUCUUACGGUUUUUCAGUGUCAUAUGUAAAAUACUAUUUAAAGCCUGUGUGAACCGCUUUGUUCCACUGCGCAACAGCCAUUUAGGUCAAGCAGGCUUUAUUACUUUACCACUCGCACGUCAUAAAACGAACACGUGCAAACAAGUUAUAUUUAAAAACUCAACCUACAAUUUAUGUUCACUGGCAAACGCUCCUUCAGGAAUAAUCUUCUUCUUCUUGUUUUUUUUAAUGCAACAUCUGAGGGACUCCAAAGUUCCGCCACUGUACCAAAAGAUGGCGACAAAGGCCACCAUGGGGAUCUGUUGCGUGUGCUGCCAGUUUGAGGAGAGGGUACUGGGCUCCGGCUGUGACUCAUGAGGUCUCUCUGCCUCAAAUGGAGAUUGUCAGGAUAUUACACAGCGGAGAGGGGCGGAGAGCUGGGUAUCUUCUCUUUUUCUCACAGACUGCCGAGCACACAAUGACACAGUCCGUCCGGUAGAGCAACAUGAACUAUUCUGGAUGUUUUAUAUGGAUUUUCCUCUUCUCAUGGGGAGCAGCUGCGGACAGUGUGAGGACUCUACCUCAUGUGAUGAAGUACCAAACAGUGAUACCUCACAGGCUGAAGGACUCAUCUCUCAGUGAUGAUGAUGAUGCUGCUACACACCAGAGGUACCCUGAUGUACUCCAGUACUGGUUGACGAUUGCAGACCAAAACUAUACACUGUACUUGGAAAAGAACAAAGAUCUUAUUGGAAACAGUUUUUCUGUGACACACUAUUCUGACCAGGGCACCCAAGUCACAACUACACCAGAUUAUGGGGUUCACUGCUACUACCAUGGGCACGUUGUGGGAGUGGAGGACUCCUCUGCCAGUGUUGGACUGUGCUCAGGAAUCAAGGGGUUUGUGCGUCUGCGGGACCAAAUGUACCUUGUCGAACCCAUGGCCGGCACAGAGGCGGGACAGCAGGACUACAAACAGAGCUCUGAAGCUCACAGCGACGAGGGUCUUCACGCUGUUUACAACUACAAACACCUGAGGAGGAAGAGAAGCUCCUGUUCCCAUGGAAACACAACCACUUUCUAUGAUCAUGGAGCUCGUCCGUCUGGUCUGUUCCAGCUCAGCAGUCUGAAAAGCAAAGCUCAGACCAAAGAACGCACAGGGAAACCCAGGACAGUGGAGCUGGUCGUGGUGGUCGACAAUACAGAGUAUAAAAAGUUUGGCAGUAAGAAGAUAAUAGAGGGCAGAGUGCUUGAAAUAGCAAACCAUGUGGACAAGCUGUAUCGCCCGCUGGGUGUUCGUGUGAUGCUGGUUGGUCUGGACAUCUGGUCGUACAAAGAUCAGAUAGAGGUCAACAGUAACCCUGAGGUCACCCUAGGCAGGUUCCUCGAGUGGCGUCAACGUAGCCUGUUGCCGAGGACCAAACAUGACAACGCGCAGUUUAUCACAGGUGUGGAUUUUGAGGGCUCCACUGUCGGCUUAGCCAACACCAAUGCAAUGUGCACCUCCAACUCUGGAGCUGUCAAUGAGGAUCACAACAAUAACGCGAUUGGAGUGGCUUCAACGAUUGCACAUGAGAUGGGUCACAACCUGGGCUUGUCCCACGACACUGAAAACUGCGUCUGUGGCACCUUGACAACCAAAAGAGGCUGCAUCAUGUCUGAGAGUGUUGGGAUGGUGUUCCCAGAGCUGUUCAGCAGCUGCAGUCGGCAGCAGCUCGGCAGGUUCUUGGAUGAGGUCAACCCUGCCUGCCUGCUGGAUACUCCCUCUACCAAUCGCAUCUACGGGGGGCCAGUGUGUGGAAAUGCUUUCCUGGAGCCUGGAGAGGAGUGUGACUGUGGCACUGUAGAGGAAUGCAAGAAUCCCUGCUGUAAUGCCACUACCUGCAAACUUAAUGCAGGAGCUAAGUGUGCCGAGGGAGCGUGCUGCCACAACUGCCAACUGAAGGCGACAGGCAGCGUCUGCCGACCGAAGGCAGGAGACUGUGAUCUGCCAGAAUACUGCACUGGCUUCUCGGCCUCUUGUCCGACUGACGCCUACACCCAAAAUGGCCUUCCCUGCAACCGUGGAAAAGGAUACUGCUACAAUGGACAGUGUCCUUCCCGACAGGAACACUGCAAGAGACUUUGGGGACCAGAUGCUGAAGUAGCUGCAGAUGCUUGUUUCAACCAGAACGGAAACUGCAGAAAGAUGCUGUUUAGCCAGAGAUGUUCAAACCGAGAUCAAUCCUGUGGGACACUUUACUGCUCUGGUGGCUGGGAGUUUCCAGUCACAUCCAGGAAGUUCUUCAACAAAGUAGGAAAUGGAAUUAUAUGCAAUGAAGCAACUAUGAAACCCGAAGAUAACUACCCUGCAGAUCUGGGCAAGGUCCCUACUGGUACCAAGUGUGGCAACAACAUGGUAUGCUACAACCAACGGUGUCAAAACAUUAGAAACAUAAAAGUGUACGGACCAAACGACUGUUCUGCUAAAUGCAACAACCACGGGGUUUGUAACCAUGAGAGCAAGUGUCACUGUAACCCCGGCUGGGCGCCGCCGUACUGCGAUGUGCUGCAGUCCGAGCUGCCUGAAGAGGGACGUCUGGUGGUCUUUAUCGUGUCACUGGUGGUUGGCUUACUUCUGCUGCUAGUCCUGGUUAUUGGGAGUUUGAUGUGCUGCAUCAGAAAAAGGAGACCUACAAAGAGAUGUUUCCAGUCUACCGCAGGACAAACCAACCCAUUGUUUCGGUCGAGCAGUACACGAGGCAGCCCUCGCCUUGGGACCACACAGAUCAGUCAGCCUAUAUUUGUGGAGUCUUCAGCCACUCAAGCCUGUAAACCUCUGUCCACUGCUCCUGCCAGACCAAAUACUGGGGCGCUAAAGCCCAGCAGAGCAGCUCCAGAGCCACCUAAGAAAUUCCCAGCUGUGCCUCAGCCAUCAAAGAUUCAACAGUUUGUAAGGCCAUUUAUGCAGCCAUCAACUGUCCCAAGCAAGCCCAUCUACACUGAGAAUAAGCCCCUACCUCCAUCCAGACCUCUGCCACCACUGGCAUCAAAACCGAUCAUGAAGCCAAAGCCUCCGAUGCCUCCAGUGAAGCCGAAGCCCUCUGCAGUCCUGUCUCCACUGCCACACACUCAGCUGCUUGCAGGCAGAGCUGCCCUGAUGCCCCCCAGCAGGCCCAGAUGACAGAGGGAGUAAUUCAGCUUGGUGUAAACACUUAGAUCCUCUGACAGAGGACACUGUUGUGGUCCCACCUAGAAGGACUUGGAAAUCCUCUCAGGAGACGCUCGUCUGUUUUUAAGUGGAAACAAGAUCCACUGAAGGAUCAGCAACAAUAAAUGACAGAGCUGUUCUGUCAAUUAUGGCCUCCUUCAAGAUUAGCGCCGUCUGUCUCUUGCUUAUGUAAGCCUUCAAUCUGUUGAUGAAAACCUGAAGCCAUGAUUGACAGACUCAACGUCUGUGCUAUAUAAAUGACAAGUGGCUGUGCUGCCAUGAUGAUGGUUAUUUUCUUCCUGUUUUUCUUUUUAUGUAAGGGAAUUCUCUCUCUGCCUUGAUCCUUAGACAUGUGAACACUUUAUGCGACAAUUGCACUAUCAAUGCUGUAACUGUUUUACUAACUGUUACUGUGCCCUCACAUAGUUUUGGUACUGCUUUUCUAAGAAAUAAUGUUAAGGGAUUUUAAAAUGUUGCACCAAUGUGGGCACCGUAGAGACUUUUAAAUUAAGGAUGUAAAGUUCUGACAUUUUCUUGAACUUUUUUUGUACUAACAAAGGUAUGCUUGACUUGUGAGACUGAAUUAUUGUUAUUAUUUUUGUUCCGUGUUGACUUGAUACAUGUUGAUUGUAAUUCUUCAAGGGAUUUUAUAUCGCAUAUAUUCUAUGCAGCAGACAGUCCCUCACUCAUGGUGCCUGAUGGAGGACUCUGCCUUGGGUUUGUCUUGAAAAACUCUGAACGAUUAAUAUUUAUUGAAAUCUUGUUUUCUUCUUGCCUGUAAAACGGAGCUUGCAAUAAAGAAAUAAAUCGCCACAAA